GUUUGGGGUAGACCGGCCUCAAACCGGCCCCUCUGCUUGUUGACGCAUUGCAGAUGCGCGCUGAACGGACCAUACCUGCAUACCACAGAGAGGAAAAGUAACUGUUAAUGGCUUCGUUUAGGUGGAUUCUUCAACUGCACAAAGACGUUCCGCGAGCCGCUCGUUUCUACUCAGAAGGGUUGGAUUUCAGCAUCAACGUCUGCACGCUUCGAUGGGCUGAACUUCAAUCUGGUCCUCUGAAACUCGCACUCAUGCAAUCCACUGGUGACCAUGUUGUGCAAAAGGGAUACUCUUCACUUCUAUCCUUUACGGUCUCAGACAUUAACAGCACAGUGACAAAGUUAAUUGCAUUAGGAGCUGAGCUGGAUGGUCCAAUCAAAUAUGAGAUCCAUGGCAAGGUGGCAGCCAUGAGGUGCAUUGAUGGGCACAUGUUGGGCCUCUAUGAACCUGUUUGAUAUAUCAGAAGUGGGAUUUUGAAAAGUGAAAAGUAGGGAAUGCCUCUUUGGUACCAUUGGGAUGAGACAUUGCAGACUCUCCUAAAUGGAUUCGUGUCCAUCUGGGAUAGUUCCAUGGAUACUUGCGGACACUUCUAUGUGACAUUUCAUUUUUAUUAUUUGACAAAUGAACAGAUAAUGUAUAAAAUGAAUGUCAUUUUUCAUACCAAACGUUUGAUAACAAAGGCAACAUUUUUUUCUUUU